AGCGAUCAUGGGUUCUUCUUCUUGAAAUUUGUACGUAGGAAUAGGUGAAGGGCAAUCAACUACACGGCCACCUCUUUUUGAUGGAACCAAUUAUACAUAUUGGAAAGAACGAAUGAGAAUCUAUAUUCGUUCCACAAACUUCCAAUUAUGGUUGGUUAUCAAAAAUGGGGAAGAGGUGUCGAUGAAGAAAGUUGGCGACAAGUUGAUCCCCAAGACCGAAGACGAGUUUGAUGCCGAGGACAUCAAAAAGGUCGAGAACUAUGCAAAGGCAAUAAACAUGCUUUAUUGUGCUGUAAAUCCUGAUGACUACCGCAAGAUCUGCUGCUGCUCAACCGCCAAGAAGAUGUGGGAUAAACUUGAGGUGACGUACGAAGGAAUGGACAGAGUACGUGAAGCCAAGAUUGACUUCCUCACCCAAGAAAAUGAGAUGUUCAGGAUGAAGGAGCACGAGAAGAUCGACGACAUGUUCCACCGAUUUUCCAAGAUAGUCAACGAUCUUCAUGCAUUGAAGGACAUCCGAAUGGCGAUCUAAGGCCGAUGCCAUCUAUGAGUCAAUCGGCACAUCGAAUGUCACCAUCGACGGUUUGAGAGGUAACUUAAAAACGUAUGAAUCUACAAUACUUAACCCGUCUUUGAAUGAUCAGAGAAAAGGAAUAGCAUUAAAAGCCUCCAAAGAACCGGCAAUGAAUGACUCAAGCGACGAAGAUGAAGUUAAGCUUGUCAUGAAGAAGUUUUGCAAACUUCUAAGGAAGAAAGAAAAGGUUGAGAAUGGC